AUGGCGCCCCUGAAGCGACUUCCGAGUCCCCAAAUGUACACCAUUGGCUGGAUCACCGCUCUUGACAAGGAGCUCACCGCAGCACAGGCGAUGCUUGACGAAGAGCACAUGAAGCCGGAGAACUUCAGGAAACACCCGAAAGACACAAAUAGUUAUAUCUGGGGUCGCAUCGCGGAGCAUAAUAUCGUUAUCGCAUCGCUGGCCGCGGGCAAGUACGGCACUGUGUCCGCAGCGACAACCGCCGGAAGCAUGACCAGCUCUCUUCCACAUCUACGAUUCGGUCUAAUGGUUGGCAUUGGUGCCGGUAUCCCAAGGUUGGCAGAAAACAUUGAUAUCCGCCUUGGCGACGUUGUCGUUAGCCAGCCGACUGGUACGAGUUCCGGAGUUGUGCAAUACGAUUUAGGGAAGUUGGGUAAAGACGGUCAUUUUCAGCGUGUCGGUUCUCUCGCUUCCCCGCCCGAGGUUCUUCUCAAAGGAUUGCAGACACUCAAGGCCAAGAGGAGGUUGAGAGAACCUCGGAUGCCGGACAUCCUAAAAGACAUGUUCGAACGCCACCCGUUGCUAGCAGAACCACAACCAGACGAUGCUUCGUUUGUUUAUCAAGGGAAACAGAAUGACCGCUUAUUUGAAGCAACUUCAAAGCACAUCCAGCGCUCGGAUGAGCAACAUAGUUCUUCGGAAACUACAAUCCCGCAUGAUCUGGGCAGACCACCUCUUCAGCUGGCUCUGGCCUGGAUAUGGUCAUUUUUCUGGCUCCUUUACAUCUCGGCAACAAGGCUUACCAGCACAAAUGAAGCCAAACAGAGCCUUCCGUCUGGAGAAGAUGGCCAUCUAGAUAUCGACCAAACCAGGAGUUGCAUGUAUUGUGAUCCGAGAAAAGAAUUGCAGCGCCGGGAACGGGCUUCUACCGAUCCGAUGGUUUAUUACGGACUCAUUGCUUCCGGAGACUCGGUCAUCAAGAACAGUGUUUCUCGGGACGAAAUUGUCCAGCGGCUUGGGGAAAAGUGCAUCUGCUUCGAAAUGGAGGCAGCCGGUCUUAUGGAUAAUUUCCCUUGCCUUGUGAUCCGGGGAAUCUGCGACUACGCGGACGGCCAUAAGAACGAUCGGUGGCAGAACUAUGCGGCCGUUACAGCGGCUGCAUUUGCAAAGGAGUUACUUGAAGUUCUCGAUGGGGAGGAUGUAGAAGGGGCUCUGAGAAUGGACGAAGUCAUGGAGCAGCUACGUAAAGGUGUUUCUGACAUAAACUCGUCCACGAACGACAUCAAGCAGAGCCUGCAUUUCCAAGAAAUCAUGGAGUGGCUCUCUCCUCCAGACCCAUCAACAAAUCACAACAAGGCACUGCAGCAGCGUCAUGAGGGUACAGGACAGUGGUUCCUGAACCACGAGUCAUAUUCGAAUUGGAAAACAGCCCCGAAUUCUUCUCUAUGGCUUUAUGGUAUCCCCGGUUGUGGCAAGACGAUCCUCAGCACCAUUAUCAUUGAACACCUCCGAAAUACGGAGCAAUGCUCUGGAAACCUACUCUACUUCUACUUUGACUUUACCGACACUAGCAAGCAGUCGCUCGAGAAGGCGAUUCGGUCACUCAUCGCUCAAUUAUACAGUAAAAAGCAGUGCGCCCAAACGCAUCUGGAUAUACUUUACUCUUCCCACAAGAAAGAAAAACGACAACCCAGUACAGACUUGUUAUGCAAGACUUUCAAAACCAUGGUUGAUCAGACUGGGGAAAUCUGGAUUGUCCUUGAUGCACUCGACGAGUGUCAAACUCGAAAUGGUCCAGAGAAUGAAGGAUUGCUAGCGUGGAUUCAAAACCUCCUGCAAUCUCAACAGAACAACAUACACUUCAUGGUUACGAGCCGCCCAGAACACGAUAUCGAAUCAACUUUGAAAGAGUUUAUUAAUAGCCACAUACCUCUACAGAGUGAUUUAAUGGCAGAAGACAUAGAGGCCUACAUUCGCGCCCGUGUUACACAGCACAAAGGUCUAGAGAGAUGGCACAAGAACAAGGAAAUUCAGGAUGAGAUUCAGGCAUGUCUCAUGAAGAAAGCGCAUGGAAUGUUCCGCUGGGUGUCGUGCCAACUCGAUGAGCUCGAACGAUGCCUUGAUCCUAUUAGUCUUCGGAACACUCUAAAAUCACUUCCAAAGACACUAGACGACACCUACGCGAGAAUACUUGACAGGAUACCACCGGAAAUGAAGCAGAAUGCUAUUCGAAUACUCCAGUUUUUAACGUUUUCUGAACGGCCAUUACGAAUUGAAGAGGCUUGCGAUGCAAUCGCAGUAGUCGGGAACGCCAAGCCAAGAUUCGACGUGAAGAAUAGGAUGCCAAUACCAGAGGAAAUAGCAAUUUACUGUUCCAGUUUGGUAGUUAUUGUUACCAAAAGCGGCCAAGACGGAGAGAAGCGGCUGCAGCUCGCGCAUUUCUCCGUCAGGGAAUACCUGGUAUCGAACCGACUAGAACACAGCGUUUCUGAAGACUUUAGAGCGUCGCAUGCCAGAGCAGUAAUCUUAGAAACCAGUCUUGCUUACCUAUUGGAUAUAAACCAUGGCCUCCCUAUUACGGACCUAAUACACGAAUACCCACUGGCGCAGGUCCAACAUCUGCUCAAAGAAUUUCUAAGAUGCGGAGCUUCUUACGAAACCUGCUGGAAACUUUAUCAGCCAGACAGGCCUUGGGACGAGAAACCUUGGCAGCACCAUAAUCGAGCGACUCACAUGCUAUGCUAUUUUGCUUACGGGGGCAUAGUAUAUGCAGUAGAGAAGGUAUUAAAGGAUGGCGCCGAUGUUAAUUCCCGAGACAGUGACCAAAAGAACGCCCUUGAAGCUGCGUCUUCUAGAGGCCAUAAAGAUGUUGUCCGGCUAGUCCUCGAUAAAGGUGCCGAUAUCAACGCCCCGAGUAAUAGUGAUUAUGGUACCGCCCUCCAAGCUGCAUCCUAUGAGGGCCAUAAAGACGUUGUCGGGCUACUCCUCGAUAGAGGUGCCGAUAUCAACGCCCAAGGCGGUAGACAUGGUACCGCCCUCCAAGCUGCAUCUUAUGAGGGCCAUAAAGACGUUGUCCAGCUACUCCUCGAUGAGAGCGAUAGUGUUUAUAACACCGCCCUCCAAGCUGCAUCUUAUGAGGGCCAUAAAGACGUUAUCCAACUACUCCUUGAUAAAGGUGCCGAUAUCAACGCCCAGAGUGAUAGUUUUAUUAGUACCGCUCUCCAAGCUGCAUCUUAUGAGGGCCAUAAAGACGUUGUCCAGCUGCUCCUCGAUAGAGGUGCCGAUAUCAACGCCCAGAGCGAUAUUGUUUAUAAUACCGCCCUCCAAGUUGCAUCUUAUGAGGGCCAUAAAGACGUUGUCCAGCUACUCCUCGAUAGAGGUGCCGAUAUCAACGCCCAGAGUGAUAGUUUUUAUGGUACCGCCCUCCAAGCUGCAUCUUGUAAGGGCCAUGAAGACGUUAUCCGGCUACUCCUCGAUAGAGGUGCCGAUAUCAACGCCCAGAGCGAUAUUGUUUAUAAUACCGCCCUCCAAGAUGCAUCUUGUAAGGGCCAUAAAGACGUUAUCCGGCUACUCCUCAAUAGAGGUGCCGAUAUCAACGCCCAAGGCGGUAGACUUGGCAACGCCCUCGUUGCUACUUCUCAUACCGACAAUGUAGAUAUUCUCCCGCUGCUCCUCGACACCGGAGCAGAUACUUCAGAACCCAACACCCGAGGCCAGACACCACUCAGCGUAGCCUCAGAAUGCGGCAAACUUUAA